CAUGUUGAGGUGAAAGUGCAAGGCGGCCAUUUUUUUUCAAAUAAUCUAUCUGCCGUCUGAGAGAGGCGGGAGCAAGCUGCGCGUUUCAGCGGCACAUCUGAACAUUUUUAUUGACUUUGGUGCAAUAAACAAACACCGAGAACUGUGAGGGAGAACGUCCGUGUAUUUGGACUCUGUUUGAGUCGGAGGUUUAGUUCUUCGCUGCUCUGUCAGCAGACGGCUGAUUAGCUCCCAGUGCUAACGUUCACCUCGGCUGUAAACAAACUCUGCAGACAGUGAAGAGACGGUGGUCAGUAAACAGCGAACCCUGUGCAGCUGCAAAUCGAAACCAAGCCAUAGAAAAGGCAUACACCGGCGAGUGUGAGUGGACAACGACAAGCAGGUUCGGUACAAAAAGUCCGGAUGUUUUCGACCCAACUUUAGUUUUUGAUGACAGCGCGAGUUUCACUAAAGUAGCUCGGAGCUCAGUCGCUUCAGGGUCAGGUCUAAUACCUUGACACCUCAACCCACGCUGAUACCCCGGCGGCAUGUCGUCAUUUUCGGAAUCAGCUCUGGAGAAGAAGCUGUCGGAUCUGAGCAGCUCACAACAGAGCGUCCAGACUCUCUCUUUGUGGAUCAUCCACCACCGAAAACAUUCGGGCCUGAUCGUUAAAGUUUGGCACCGAGAGCUGAAAAAGGCUAAAAGCAACAGGAAGCUGACCUUCCUGUACCUGGCCAAUGAUGUCAUUCAGAACAGUAAGAAGAAAGGACCAGAGUUCGCCAAAGACUUUGAAUCUGUCCUCGUCGAUGCCUGUUCCCAUGUUGCCCGUGAAGCCGAUGAGGGAUGUAAAAAGCACAUGGAGAGACUCCUGAACAUUUGGAAGGAGAGAAGCCUCUACAGAGGGGACUUCAUCCAGCAGCUCAAACUGGCCAUUGAAGACACUAACAGCCCCAGGCUGUCAGUAGAAGAAAAGAAGCCAGUAAAACGCAGCUAUCAGAAGGUCCAUGAUGACGAAGAUGAUGAAGAUGAUGACUAUAGAAGCCACAUCUCCCCUCACAGCACAGAUGCCUCUGCUGCCCAGCUGACCGAAGAGCUGGUGAAGGCUCUACAGGACCUGGAGAACGCAGCUUCAGGUGACGCGGCUGUUCGUCAGAGAAUCGCUUCUCUGCCGCAAGAAGUCCAGGAUGUUUCUCUGCUGGAGAAGAUCACAGACAAGGAAGCGGCAGACAAACUGUCAAAGACUGUAGAUGAAGCCUGUUUACUCCUAGCAGAGUAUAACGGCAGGCUGGCUGCUGAGCUGGAGGACCGUAGGCAGCUGGCGCGCAUGCUGACUGAAUACAUCGGCAGCCAAAAGGAGGCGCUGGUGGAAAGAGAGAAGAAACUAGACGAAUACAAGCAGAAAUUGGCUAGAGUGACUCAUGUGAGGAAAGAGCUCAAGUCACAUAUCCAGAGUCUCCCUGACCUUUCACUCCUCUGA